AUGGGCAGGCUUAGAGGGAAGAGCAAGAAACUGAACGACGAAUCCGACGAAGACGGCAGCGUCGGCGGCGAUGAGGUGUCCGUGUCCCCCACACCGCCCAAGACCAAGAGGAGGAGGGGAAGGCCGGCUCACAAGCCUCUCACGGCGGACGACGGCACCGACGACGUCGAAGCAGAGGACGACAAGGACGCCGGCGAGGUCAAGGAGGAUUACGUAGACGACGGCGCCAAACCCGCUCCCGCUGUGCGGCCAGCAGGCAACGACGACGACGACGCCAAGGGCUCGACGGCUGAGACCGGAGCUGCCAAGAAGCGGCGGCGCCGGCGGGCCAGGUGA